GCAUUAUAUGCUUUCAUUCCUCAUAGUUUGUUUCAAGUAACUCAAUAAUCUCUUCUAUUCUCUUAAAGUUAGACUCCAUCCUCGAAGGUCUCGAAAACUUACCCAAACUCUUAAGAGAAGUAUAUUCGAGUCUAAGUAAGGAUGGACGACGAGGGGAAUAAUGGUCGGCUCAAUUACUGGUGCAACUCAUGCCAAAAAAUCAUCAGCUUCUCUUCUUCUUCAGAGAGGGUAAUAUGUCCUACAGAUCCAAACCAUACACUAGCCAGAUUCACCCCUCUAGUUAGAGAUGAUGGUCAGCGCCUUUAUUGGUGCUCCAUAUGCCGAACACAUUUACUCUUAACAUCUGCUUUCGCGAAUACUUUCACCUGCACAAGAUGCGCAAAUCCCAUCUGCCAAAUUCGAGGGCUUACAGUAUACAGACAAGGCCGAUUUGGCGUCAUUAUGGAUCCGCCAGAUUCUUACCAUGAUUUACAUCCGAGGUUGCCUCUCGUCGAACACAUAAUACUUGACCACAAUGAUGGAGAAGCAUUAUCAAUAGGAGCUUUUCCGCCAGCCCGCCCUGAAGCAGCACCAGAGCCUGUAAUCGCUGCGAUUCCGACUGUGAAAAUCUCCGAAUCUCAUUUGGCGGCGGAUGACUCCGCUCAUUGUACUGUUUGCCUGGAAGCUUUUGAGGUUGGAGUGGAGGUAAGGGAGUUGCGGUGUAAGCAUUUUUAUCACAAUGAUUGUAUUCUUCCGUGGCUGAGGAGUACCAACUCUUGUCCUAUCUGUCGACGUGAAACAACCUUAAUCGGUAUUCUUGAGCAUAAAUAUGAGCGUGAGGGAGGAGGGAUCAAUUGGAUCAUGAUGAUGAGACGGCGGCUCAGCGAUUAUUUGGGGAGUUUUGUUGCACGGCUGAAGCGGCGGUUCUGCGAUUAUUUGGGGAGUGUUGUUACACGGCUGAAGCGGCGGUUCUGCGAACCAUGGCUGCUCGGGCGUCAUAUUCAUUUGCUUGUUAAUAGUGUUGUAAUAUGUUCUAUUUCUGGUCACCUUAUUAUUAUUAUUAUUAUUGUAAAUCUAAUCUAAUCUAAUAAAUUUGGAAAACUGUCAAGGGUGAUUUCUUUUUUUACAGGAGUGCCAUGCAUUGGUUGCC